UUUAUGACAUAUGACUUUUAAUUUUUAUUCGAUAUACAAAGUUAUACAAAACUUUUCUACUUGAAUAUUUAUUAGAAACAAGAAAAAAGAAAACCUCUAUCCAGUUAAACCUGUAUCUAGAAAUCUACAAAAUCUUUCUUGAAUGGACAGGAGUGCUAAGAAAAAUGAUAUCAGUAAAGCCUGCGACAUUCGUAAGAGUCAUCUUACUGACCUGGAAGUUCAAUUAGAAGGAAGAAAAUUAAACUUCAAUGAAUCACUAAAGUCAGCCAUCUAUCUCUGUUUGAAUCCAAAGUUUGAGGCCAAACCCAAAGAUAUUCGUGUCAUCAAUGUUUCAGCAGACACAUUUGUGGAGUUCCUGGACACUAUUAAAUUUAACUUGGACAGUCACAAAUUACUUGUGGACAAUUCAAAUUUUAAUGGACCUCUGGGAGACUGUCGUAGCUCUGCAGAUUCCUGAACUAAUUGUAAUAGUCGACAAGAAGAUUUGCCGGUUAAUGUGCGCUGUUGUGGGACUUUAUUAAGCACUGGGAAAUCCGUCCAGUCUUUCUAAAACGUCGCUAUAUCUAACUGUUAUUCAAUUACUAUUCAAAACAGCCUACUUCUAACAUAACGCCAUGUUGGUCUCUUGUUCGCCUAAGUCUACUACGUCAUUAGUCUGUCUUACUACGUCAUUACUUUUACCGUCGCUAAAACUAUACACAAUAUAUUUAACUAACAAAACUAACCUACUCUCUAAACUAGAUGCGUAGAAGUUGAUGUGAAUCGGGUCUUUCCUAAGUAAUGUGACGAGUAAGAACAGAGUAGGAUUACGAACAAGAAGAAUAACGGACAAGACGCCUAAGAGGACGACGCUAGGCUAGCGACGACAGAGGACUGUGCCCUUUUUAUUGUUUAUUAAAUUGUUGAAGUUAUCAGCCUGCGUUAUUAAGUAUAUUCUUGAUUCAUUCUGUUGUUGUGUCAUAUGGACUCGCAUGCACCAUUAACAUAUAUAUAUUUAUCAACAAAAUAGACCAUUAACAGCGCGUACUGUUUUGAGACUUUCUACGUCAGGGCCAGUCUGUAUCAAUCACAUGUCGUCCUCUCCGAAACUCGACUUUAUUUGCAACGCCUGUUUAUGACAGCUGACAAAAUGCAUCUAUUCUGUGUUUUAAAGUUCCGUGACUUACUGAGCAUAGUAAAAGAUGAUCGCAUACGAGUGGAAAGUGAGGACAUUGUUUUAAGGUUAAUUUUCCUAUGGGCUGAAAAACUGAACAACCAAGAAGGAAAUUCUGGGGCAAGCGAGGAUGAGAGUCCAAAAAGAAGAAAAGUGGACAGUAAUGUGCCAUGCAAGGAAGAGAAUGAGUUAAAUGAAAACAUUUUUGAGCUCUCUCAGCUAAUAAGAGCCUCAAGGUAUGGGUUAGCGAGCAUUGAAUGUCUUCGAGAGCUCUCCAAACAUCAUUUGUGUCAGAAAGACGAAAUAGCAAAGCUCGUCAUAACUGAGGCCAUCAACUACAAGCUAGACAGAAAUACUCACGGAUAUUAUCCUCCAUUCACAUAUCCUAGAAACACCGGUCUUCUCUGCUUCGUGGGUGUAUUAGCUGACAAAGAUCAAGUCAGUGUGCUGUAUCCUGAAACCAAUUAUUAUUGGAAGUGGUUGAGACUUCCCAGAUGUCCUUUGCAUGCACAAAUAAUAAAUGUCACUCUCUUUGACAACGAAAUCUAUAUAAUAAGCAGCACAGACAACGAAAGUAUUAUCUUUGUGUUUAGAGACAAAAAAUAUAUAUUUGUUUUGGAUCUUCCCAAUAAGAACUUCAUUGUUGUCGCUAAAGGAAAUUGUAUCUACGCCAUAGACGGCACAAGCAGAAGCGUCAAAUGUGUGUCGCCUAGAGAGACUCCAGUUCUUCACAGCGAGAUCAAGUUCCCUGACAUGAUGAAAAAUCCAGAGAGUGCUUUAGACUUUGACAAAAGUAUCUUGAUUUUCUGUUCCGCUGACUCUGAUGAAAGGUCGACAGUGUUUUCUUUAGACGUACCUGAACAUAAAUGGACUGACUGCGGAAAUCUUGAAGGGUCAGCUAAAAAUUUGGUUGGAUUUAGAAUUGAAACAAAUUACUUUAUCCUACAAAGAGAUGGAUCGUUAAGCCAGGUGUUGAGGAAACAUGAUGACAGCAUUGACUUUAUCUUCAUUCAACGUCUGUGGUCUAUCCAAAUCGCUCUACGUGGUGCCUUCAUCUACAGGGACAUUCUGUACGUUUUUUCAAAUACGCCCUUGAAAAGUUCAAGUCUUUAUGGAGUUUCAGGUUUGUUUUGGAGGGCGGAAUAUUGGUAUCAGGAAAGAGAGGUGCGCAACUUUGUGCCUUUUCUGAUGCCUUCAAAAUAUAAGAGGCCAGAGUUCUCCGGUGUCGACGAUUCCGAGUCAGAGGAUGACUGAGUCACACGAUGCAAUGACACGAUUUUUUGUUUUGCAAUUAUGAGAGCUUCUUAAAGUUUUAACGAGAUCUGUAGACCUUUGUUCUAUUUAUGUGCAAAAAAGUGAUUUGAAGAGGAGGGCGCGACAGGGGAAACUGACGAAAAUAUGCAUACAAGUUCUGGGUAAAGAGUUGACAGCAACAGCGAAAAUCACAUGACUAACAAACUAGCACAAGCUAUUUCAUUCAAC